AUGGGAGACCUCGCAUCCUGGAGCUCCGUGGUCCUGCUGGGGUCAGUCCUGUCCGGGGUGAUGCUUCCCCCCGCGGAGGCUGGCUGCCGGGAGCGGAGCGGGGCCGCCUGCUGCACCGGGAGGAAUAACGAGUGCUCUGAAUACUCUCGGCGGAAGUCUGUGUGCUACUGCGACGCGUACUGUCAGAAAACACGGGACUGCUGCGAAGACUAUCAACAAGUGUGCCAAAUGUCCGCCUCGGACUGUGAGGUGGGCCCCUGGGGGCCGUGGUCCGCCUGCACGUCCCCCUGUGGCGUUGGCAGCACAGAGCGCAGUCGCCAAGUGUCCGUUCCUCCCAGAAACGGAGGAAAGCCGUGUCCCGACCUGAAGCAGCGCAGAGGGUGCUACGGGAACAACGGGAACAACGCCGUCUGCAGCUCCGCAAAAGAGGUGGCCAAGAUUCUGCCUGAUUCCUACAAAAGAAACUUCAAGGACCCCUGGAGACGGCCCCACAUGAUGAUGAAGGAGGAGAAGGCCAGUUACUGUGUGUACCUGCGGGUGAAGCAGGCCAGUGCGGCGUGUCGGCUGCAGCUGUGGAGUGCACAGCUGGUGCGAGAGCGGCUCCUGUGCUCAGAGUGUCAGAGCGACGCCAUGUCCAAGUCUGACCACUGCUCAGGGGACGGGGAGGAGGGGGCCAGGACUUUCUGGGUGGCGGCUUCGGUCUCCGGUUGCCAUGGCUCCUGGGUGCGAGAGUCGUCUUCCUCCAAGGGUUGCCACUGUCCGCCGUACUCCGUGCUCUUCGUCGACGACACCAGCGACGACACCAGCAACGACACCAGCAACGACACCAGCAACGACACCAGCAACGACACCAGCGUCCUCCACUGUCACACUGUACUGUACCGAGGCCGCGAUGAAUAA